GAGAUGAUAAAGUUCCAAAAAUGUUGCGAAGAGCCCUGGCCCAGCUGUCACUGAGCAGCAUGAAGUCUGCAGAUGUAUGCAUAGGUCGUCCAGUCUUGAUUACCUCUGCAGGUGGGCGACAGGAGGUCUGUACUGCUUGGCCCACCACAGGCUUUCCAGGCGGGAAAGUUGGAUUGAGUGAAACCACACAGAAGAACCUGAAAGUAAAUCUGGGUGAUGCUGUCACUGUGCAGCCUGUAAUUGGUGCAGUCAUCCAGGCAGAGGAAAUCAAUGUGAAGUUGAGUGACAAAGAUGCCACCAUUAAUGCUGAGGAAAUGUCUGUCUGUCUACUGAGAAACCUAGAUGGGAAAAUUGUUUUACCAGGAAACCUCUUGGCUUUUACCUUCUAUGGCAGACUUUGUAGCAUCGUUGUGAUGAAAGUGAAAGGAACUGAUGGUGCAGAGCUGGCUGCCCAGGGCAAUGCCAUUUCCAGUGAUGUGCAUGAGCUAGACCUUGAAAGAUCUGAUUUGGACACAAGUACGUUAGAUUUGUCCUUCCAGCUCGGCAAGAUGGACAUUGAUGAUAGUCCAGAGGGUGCAUCUAUGAGCACACCAAGCAAACUGAUGGAUCCAAGUUCACCACUUACACCCAGUUCUGCUGUGACAGCCAGUGGUCAAGGUGAUGAUCAGGGAGAGAAAACCUGCAGCAAGGGAGAUGGCGCAGACCUCAGUGAUGAUUUGGAGUUGCCUGGGAAAGGAGGCAGUGAAGGUCUCCCACUAACUGGCAAAACUGGAGCAAUAAGCAAUACAGACACUUUUUAUUUCAUUUCUUCAAGAACUAAAAUCAGUUUUAUUGAAACAAGGUCCAAUGCAACAGAUGAUGGUGAUUGUGAAUCCCAAGUCACCUAUGAUAUGAUAGGAGGUCUAAGCAGCCAGCUCAGGACUAUUAGAGAAACAAUUGAACUGCCCUUGAAGCAAGCUGAACUGUUCAAGAGUUACGGAAUCCCUCCUCCUAGAGGAGUGCUCCUGUAUGGCCCUCCAGGUACUGGGAAGACUAUGAUUGCCAAAGCCAUUGCAAAUGAGGUUGGUGCUCACGUUACAGUUAUCAAUGGUCCCGAAAUAAUCAGCAAGUUUUAUGGGGAGUCUGAAUCAAGAUUACGUCAGAUAUUUGCUGAAGCUUCCCUGUGUCAGCCCUCCAUUAUAUUUAUAGAUGAGUUGGAUGCACUCUGUCCCAAGAGAGAAGGGGCUCAGAACGAAGUUGAAAAGAGAGUUGUUGCUUCAUUGCUGACAUUAAUGGAUGGCAUUGGCUCAGAGGGCAGUGAAGGGCAGCUCUUGGUACUUGGGGCCACUAACCGUCCUCAUGCACUGGAUGCAGCACUGCGCAGACCUGGGCGUUUUGAUAAAGAGAUAGAAAUUGGAGUCCCUAACGCCCAAGACCGUCUAGACAUACUCCAAAAGCUUCUCAAGAAAGUUCCCCAUUCACUCACAGCAGCAGAGUUGGCACAACUAGCUGAUAGUGCACAUGGUUACGUGGGUGCAGACUUAGCAGCCUUGUGCAAGGAAGCAGGUUUGUACGCAUUGCGGAGAGCACUGGCGAAAAGACCUAACGUAUUAGACAACGAGGUGGCUGGGUCAGUGAUGAUUGCUUUCAAUGACUUCCUACAGGGGAUGAAUGAUGUCAGGCCCAGCGCCAUGAGGGAGGUGGCAGUUGAUGUGCCAAAAGUAUCUUGGUCAGACAUAGGAGGAAUGGAAGACGUCAAGCUGAAAUUGAAGCAGGCGGUUGAAUGGCCUCUCAAACAUCCUGACUCCUUCAUCCAGAUGGGGAUUCGGCCUCCGAAAGGUGUGCUGCUUUAUGGACCCCCUGGAUGCUCAAAAACAAUGAUAGCAAAAGCUUUGGCUCAUGAAAGUGGUCUCAACUUCUUGGCAGUGAAGGGACCUGAGCUGAUGAAUAAAUAUGUUGGUGAAUCUGAACGAGCAGUGAGAGAGAUAUUUAGGAAAGCCAGAGCCGUGGCUCCUUCAGUUCUUUUCUUUGAUGAAAUAGAUGCCUUGGCAGUUGAAAGGGGCAACUCUUCAGGUGCUGGAAAUGUAGCAGACCGUGUUUUGGCUCAGUUGCUAACGGAAAUGGAUGGGAUAGAACAGCUGAAGGAUGUGACAAUUUUGGCAGCUACAAACAGACCGGACAUGAUAGACAAGGCCUUGCUGAGACCAGGACGAAUAGACAGAAUUAUCUAUGUGCCAUUGCCAGAUGCAGCCACUCGUGAGGAGAUCUUCAAACUUCAUUUUCAGUCCAUGCCAGUCAGUGAUGAAGUCUGCUUAUCAGAGCUCGUUCAGCACACACAGAAUUACUCAGGAGCAGAGAAUGUGGGAUCUCAGAACGAACAAAAGGCAGUAAAAAGGAUCGCAGGCUUAAAUGUCAGUCUGGAAAACUGUCGCAGCUCUGCUGCCUCCAUGCUUCGGAGUAGUGACUCAAAGCAGGACUACGUUUUUACCCAGAUCCUCCUGCCCCCAAAACAAGCAGAACAACAAGAAAACCCAUCAAAAGAAAAUUUGCCAUUUUAAAUAAUCUUCCAGAUACCGUGUUUUCCAAGUUCAAGUGGAGCUGGCAGAGGAGGCAGGUGGCCGGCAGAUUGA